AAUUAAAUGUAUAUCAAUCUCACAUAGAAUAACAAGUCUUGGUGGACUCAUACUUCCCUUGUCCCAACAGAAACUUAAAAUAAGGUGAUAAAUUUAGUGAAUGGAUAAUCAAGUUUCUAGAAUAAGGCAACAUUACUUUCGACUUAUUUAAGUUUGGAGGCAGUCAAUAGAAUAGGCCCAGCAAAAAGAUUAGCUAUUUAUUUUAAAGCUGGAAUAGUUGGUGCAGUGUUUUUAGGAACAAGGUAAUUAAUAAAAUAAUUAUUAAUAAUAUAGAUUUGCAUCUGGAAGUUAUUACACAAAUAGUAUUAAAUCAGAUAUUGGUAAAUUACUUGAUGGAGCUCCUGUUUGGGAAAAUAAGUUUGAUGUUCCAGAAUUAGAUAAAAAAUUUUUUUUUAUUGAUGAUGAUAACAAUUUUGAACCUUCUUUAUGGCAUCAUGGAAUGUAUGAUGAUUAAUUAAAUUUAGCAACUAAAUUGACAAGCCCAAAUAAUUUUACAAAUUUGAAUGAGCAUUAAAAACAU